AGAAUAAAGAGACAUGAGCCUCCCCUAUUUUCCUCCGGUGGACCAUUCCAUAAAUACCCAACGGUUCCUACUGCUGCAGCUUCAGAUGGAGCACACGAGGUUAACAAUGACACCAGACCUAGCUGCUGGAUAGCUUGCAGUCAGAACAUGUCACAGUGUGGAAUGGAGCAGCGGUCAACCUUUUCUCUUACAUGCCAACAACGGCGUGUAGCAUUUUGAUUGAAACCCACAACAGUUGGGUUUUUACUUUUGUUCCCUCGUUUCAAGUAGGAAGUUGGAAGCUUUUCACGUCCAAAACAAGUCCUCACAUGGUGAUUUGACACAGCAGAAAAAAACUUACACUCUGCAUCACAGAGUGGUCCAGCUGACACAAUGGUAGCAGAUGACACAGCAGAAAGUGGGGACAGAUCAGACGGGGAGAAGAAGAUGGACCUGAAGGAGCCUGCAUCUGAAGACUGGGGAGGACACGAAGAUGGAGACGUAGAGAUGGUUGUCUUUGCUUCGGAGGGCCUGUCUCCCUCCGAAGGUCCCAUAGAGGCAGCCGAGGAGCCCAGAAAGUGGAAAUGGGCUGUAUUUUUCUUGUGCCUCUUUGGAUUUAUGGCAUCGAUAAAGCCCGGGGAGCCCUUCAUUACACCGUAUCUACUCAGCCCUGAGAAGAACUUCACCAGACAGCAGGUGACCAAUGAGAUCACUCCUGUGCUGACCUACUCCUACAUGAUGGUGCUGGUGCCAGCCUUCCUGCUGACGGAUCUUCUGCGCUACAAGCCCGUCCUGAUCGUCCAGGGUGUCAGCCAGGUGGUCAUCUGGCUCCUUCUGCUUUUGGGCUCCACCCUCACUGAAAUGCAGUUGAUGGAGGUCUUCUACGGCGUCACCAUGGCCUGCCGCCUGGCCUACUCUUCCUACAUCUUCUCCCUGGUCAGCCCAGCCCUCUACCAGCGCGUGGCCGGAUAUUCCCGCUCCGCAGUGCUCUUGGGGGUGUUCACCAGCUCAGUGCUGGGUCAGCUGUGCAUAUCCCUGGGAAAUGUCAGCUUCUACACCCUCAACGCCAUAUCUUUGGGUUUUGUCAGCUUUGGUCUGAUUCUCACGUUGUUCCUGCCCUGGCCUAAACGCUCCCUGUUUUUCCACCGGACAUGGAAUCAGGAGCAAAAGGAUGUGGCAGCAGUCGCCACCAAAUCAGAACUGGACAAAAUAAACCAGCAAGAGAGCGUCUCGUCCUCGCCGCCCCCCCUGUGCUCUGUAUCACGCUGGAGGGAUUCAGUCUUUGUUCAGAUGCUGCUGGAGUUGAGAAACGUGGGUAGGAGGCCCAGCCUGAGGCUCUGGUCCCUGUGGUGGGUGUUCAACUCCACAGGGUACUAUCUGGUGCUGUUCUACGUUCACAUCCUGUGGAGCAAAGUCUCCCUGGCCGCUGAGAACAAGAUCGUUUACAACGGGGGAGUGGAGGCAGCUUCUACACUGCUGAGUGCGUUGACCUCCUUCACUGCUGGCUAUGUGAAAAUCCGGUGGAACGUCUGGUCUGAGCUGGUCAUCGGCGUCAUCACAGCACUGCAGGCAGGUCUGCUGCUCCUCAUGGGCACCACAGAGAACAUUUGGGUCUGCUACACGGCCUACGUCCUCUUCAGGGGCUUCUACCAGUUUCUGGUGCCUAUUGCCACGUUCCAGAUAGCCUCGUCACUCACCAAGGAGCUCUGUGCCUUAGUGUUUGGCAUCAACACCUUUUUGGGGACCAUACUGAAGAGCAUCAUCAGCCUGAUCAUUUCUGACAAGAGAGGCCUGGCGUUGGACGUGCAAGCUCAGUUCCUGGUGUACUUUGUUUACUUCGUCAUUCUCACCGUCGUCUACUUUGUCUGUGCCGCUGUGGUCGUCAUCCGUCACUAUAGAACACAGCCCAAGGGCGGAGGCGGGGCCAUGGAACAGGCGGCGCCCACGCAGCUCAGCCCCGUGGCCGCAGAUUCGGAGGCGGAACCUUUGUCGAACGGCAAAAGUGCCAAAGCAUAGUGACGAGAAACGCGUCCGCCUUAAACCGUCUUCUAUCAGUAUCUUGUCUAGAUCCCAGUUUCUGCCACUAAGCUCUUCAGACUCAACGGGAUCAAUCCCUUUAACGCUCUAAUGGUGAUGGAGGGGUUUUAGUGUUAGCCGCUGAGCCUUAAUUAUAGAAGUGCCUCCUCUGACACCUGAAGCUCCUGCAACAACCCCAGUCAGGAAGGCGUCUCGUGUCCGACGUCUUGGGACAGUUCUGUUUUAGUUUUUGAUGAUUAGAUGCUGUAACUGAGAAGAGUAAAUUCUACUUUUUCUUUUUUUUUUAAAUGACAUAAAGCACUAAGUAGUACUAGGCUUUGGGGGGGUAUUUUGUACAGAAAACAAACUGACUUUGUUAUAACCUCCUGAACUGUCCUGUUUCAGUGACUCAAUGGUUCAUGAUUACUAUGUGACCUCUAAGUAUUACUCAGUGGUGUAGUCUAAUGUAUUGUAGUGGGUAUACUGUACUGAUGUUUUGAUCAUCAACGACUUCAUUUCCUGUAUUCAGAUACACUUUUAUGCACCAAUGUUCGGUGGAAAUACCUUUUUUAUUUAGCCUAUGUUAAGAAGAAAACCACAGAUGACCAUUCAAAAUAUAGCAAAACUAUAAUGGCAAGUGUGUUGUUGCGUGUCAUUGGGCAUUUUUUUUAGUAGGUACGUGAAAAGCUUUCUUAUUGGGUAUGCUGCUUAUACCUGCGUAUCACGUAGACUACACCACUGAUGAUACUCUGCUUUUUCUGGUUUGACGGACAUCACGCAUUUGAGUUAUUUUUUAUUGACACUCCUGUUGUAAUAUUACAGUUUGAUGGUUAUGUGUUUAUGGCAUUUUUGAGAAAAAAACGAGACCAUAUUAGUACAAAUUUCUUUUUUAUUUUUUUUUUAUUUUAGUUAAGAUACAGGGUUUCCUUUCUGCAUUGAUAAUAAUCAUAUCUCAUUGGUAUAAUCGGAUUUGGGAGGCUAUCAGAUUUUAUCGGUUUAUUUGAAGCUGAAAACUGCAGAUUUUAUGCAGUGUGUUAUGUAAUGUAAUUAAUGCUGCUAAAGUUGCUGUUUGUGAUUUAGCAGCAUCAGAAUAUGUUUGAGUUAUCCUUAUUUGAUACCUUGAAACAGGCUGCAGAAUGUGUUGCUUUGGAGAACUCACAUUACGUGCUUAAUUGAUCUAAAUGCACACCACUGAAGUGGUUAUCAAAUGUGAUAUUUCUUUACAGUGUUGAUUUUCAGCAGUAUGCCAGGUGACCGGAUGACAAAGCACCUGUCGUCAGUACUGCUGCCUUUGACUCUAUUUUUCACUGUGUGUAUUUUAGGUCCAAGUACGACUUUUUAUUUUAAUUUUUAUUUUUUUUAUUUACAAUCAUCAAAAACAGCAGAAAGCACUUGUAAUGGUCCUGUAGAGAACAGAAAUGCAGUGUAAACAUAAAAUGUCCAUCUGCUUUCAGCAGGGGAUCUUUCUUACAAUAGACAGUAGUGACUGAGGUUUGAGUUGGAUUGUACUUACAUUAAGAAGAUAUUUUUUAAACUUGAUUGAAAUAAUUGCUGCAAUUAAAAAAUGUAACUGUGAAUCUGUCUGAAUGCUGUAAAAAGAGGAAAAACUGACAAUGUUUUUAUUUUGUAUUCACAAAUAAAUUGCAUUUGGUGGAUAAAAA